ACUGAAUGAGCUGCAUCUCAGAGCCGGUUUGGACAAAUACGCAUCCGCCAAUGACCGGUGAGCUGUUCUCGCAGCGCGUCCUCCCGGAUCAGCCGCUUCGUCCGGGUUCGGUUUGGAUACGGCGAAAAGAGCGAGAACCUGCGGACCCGGAAGGAUUUCAAAGAAGGAUUUAAUAAAAACACAGACCGAUUUUGCAGCUUUAACGUGUUCUGUAGGAGAGGAUGCGUUUCGACUGAUUGGAAAUUAGCAGAAGAAAGGAAAGAAGGAAACUUCUUUUUUUUCUCGCUUAUACAUUUUGUUCUUCGAGCGAAUCUCAGACUGUGAAGAAAUUUUCCUUCACACCGACUCAGAUCUGUGGUUCUUAUACAUCACAUGAGCCCGUGGAUGUAAGAUUUUAAAAGAAGAAGAAAAAACUGCACUCGGCUGAGAGUUACAGGUUUUGGUUCCACCUCUUCCAGCUGAAACUCGACCUUCCGUCCGUCACGUUCUGCCCGCAAAACCGGGGCGCCCCGAAGUGGAGGUGCCGCGGGGAGACGCCAUGAGACGAUCCAGAUCCUAAUAUGAUGGGCUGUUGAUGGAGAGGAUUUCGAAUGUCAGCCGGAACAGUGGUCAUCGCAGGAGGAAUUCUGGCUGCAGUCAUCUUACUGACCAUCGUCGCUGUGCUGUGUUUAUGUAGGUUACAGUACUACUGCUGUAAGAGGGAGGAGUCUGAGAAGGGGGAAGAGGAGGAACCGGAGCUCGCCACCAUGUCGCCGUCCCGCCCCCUGGCUCUGUCGGCCCCUCCCACGCCUCCCACGCCGGACCGCUUCAGUGACGAGGCUGAGACCUACCCGCCCACCUUCCUGACGGAGGCCAAUGGGCCGGCCAGCUACUCUCCCACGCCGCCGCCGCCGCCGCGCAGGUGCCUGCGCUCGCACGCCUUCUGCCCGUCCUGCGCCCGCUGUUCACUGCCUUUCUACCUGCAGCACCCUGAGAGGCUGUGCAACGGCGGGCGCAGGGUCAGCUACAGGACUGUGCAGCAGCAGGACCUGGAGCUGCCCGUGGACCUGGCCAGCUUCUACCACAAGCUCAACCUGAUCCGCUCCGUCACCAUGCGGGAGGUGGUGACCCACAGCGUCAGCACCGACGUCUAGGAGCCUGGUGGAGCCGCUCCGACUCCAAGGAUCCGUCCACGAGCACCGCUGCAGCUUUAAUGCAGGCGGCCAUGUUAGCGGCGGCGGCGGCUCUAAAGCGACUCAGUGAGCAGAGGAAACGUCUGAACGGACUCAAACUGAUCGUCUUCUGUGUCCGACUUUGUGUUUGCUGAACAGCUAGCUAGGUAGCUAAUCAGGAGGCGGUUUAGAAUCUGAAUUUUCCGGUGAAUCUGACACUGAUUUUGUUCGUCCAGCGCCGAUGAGAAGCUUCAGAAAUGUGGCUGAUGUUGCUCUGAGUCCGAUGUUUGAACCAAAACCAACAAAUAACGUGUUGUGAUGUUUCAAAAAACAUUUACUGUAAUCAACUUUAUUAAGCAGGAAUAAGGUUCACUGACGUCAAGAACCUUUUCACAGCUGAAAAAGAAUACUGAGAAAGUUCCACAAAGUUCUAAAGAAGUUUGCAGUCUUGUUUUUGUUCCCAGAAUGUUCUUGAAAUAUUUCUGUAAUGUUGCAUUGAGAACGUUCUAUUCAUUGUACAGAAGAAUGUUCUCAACAGCAACGUCCUCAGAACAUCGCAGGCCAAAACGUUCCACCUUUGUCUAUAUUCUACACAUUUUUUGAACUUUGACUGGGGAACGUUCUUCUGUUCUUGCGAUCUGUCGAUGUUCUCCAAACAUUCUCUGAAGGUUAAAACAUUCUGUUUUAGUUCCAUUUUAACUUCAACGGAACGUAUAUCCUUACAACGUUCCUUGAACAAUGGAUUAAAGUGUUAAAUUCCCAACUUGUAUACAACAUGUUCCCCAAUGUGGGAAUGUUUCCUGCUUUAAAUUAAGGUUAACAGUGUGUUAAAGUUAUGUAAAAUCACAAAAAUAUGAGGAAGAAGUUAUCACUGAUGAAGCAGCGCUGCAUAAAGAUUAUUUGAAUUUAUUCAAUGAAAUCAGCUCUUUCAGAUUUUCAGGUAACAGGAAUUAAAAAGACUAACUUCCUGUCUGUUAUAGAUCUGUAAAUAUGAUGGAAAUCAAACGACAGACCCAAGAGCUGAAGGUUUGACUCCAUAAUUUAUUAAAAAAUGGAGCCAAUAAGCGAUUUUUUUGUUUUAAAAACGUCUAAAAGUUACAGCACUGUCGCACCGUUUCUUCAUUAUAGUCAACACACCGUGGAUUCUCCAGAGUCCAUCUGUUUGAGGAGACUUUUUAUAAAAUAGUUUUUGAGCUAAAUGCAGUUUAAAAUGACCGUAGCUUCUCCAAAUGUCCUCCAGUUUUCUAUUGCUUCAUCAGGACUCUUUAGUGUCGUAUUUGCAGACGGUUUAGUUUUGUUUUUCUAGACCAGCAUGAAGUUUGACUUGUAACACGUGAUUAGUGUGGUAAAAGAUCAUAUUUUGGUUCAGACUGUGAUCUUUUCUCAGCUUAACUGAAAAAUUUUGAUGCCUAAACUUCUCUGAGACGCCGGUAUCUUCAACACAACUGCAGAUUUUGAUGCCCUGAGAUUGAAAACAGGUUGGAACCAGAGCAGCAGAUGUCUGGAGUCAUUACAAAUGAGAAAUUAAAGGGGACAAAACUGUAUUUCAGUCAAUAAAAAGAUGCCUUGUGUCGGACAAAAAGGGUUGCAAGAAAGACACAACUCUCAGAUUUGAUAAAAACACUCCAAAACAUCAAUUUAAGACUAUUUUUUUAAAGAAUUUUUGCUCUUCAAAAUGACAUUUCCAGCGUCUAAACGGCUACAUGGCAGCCAAAGGGUAGAAUCCUUUAAGGUGUUUUGAUUCUUGAGGGUUUUAUGUCUAUUUGAAGUCUUUUUUCAGUCUUUGUUAGUUUCUUUUCAGUCUUUAGUCUCUGUUUCUGUCAUUAAGUCUUUUAUAGUUUCUGUAGGGUCCUUUCUUAAGACUCUUUUGAGAUUUGACUCUUUUAUUCUCCAUCAAGUCUGUUUAAAGUCCUUUGAUGCAUCUGUCAAGUCUUUGUAGUUUCAUUUAAGUCUGUUUGAGUUUCUGUUACAUAUUUUUUUAGGGUUUGUGUCUAUUUUGAGUCUUUCUUAAUCUUUCUUAGUUGCUUUUCGCUCUUUUUUUCGUCUCCUUAGAGUCUUGUAUCUUUUGUCUUCUUUAAAUUUCUUUUGAGUCUAUUUUAACCUCUUUGAAGUCUGUUUUUAGUCUAUUAUUAGACUCUUUAGUCUCUCUUUAGUUUCUGUAGGGUCUUGUAUCUAGUUUCUUUUGAGUCUCAAAUCUUUUUUAGUCUCUAUCAAGUCUUCUCUUUAGUCUUCAGAGUCCUGCAUCUGUUUAAAAUCUUUUCUCAGCCCUUUUCAAGUGUUUUAGGUCCCAUUUGAAUGUUUUUUAGUCUCUGUUACUCUUUUUAGGGUUUGUGUCUUUUUUUAGUCUUUUUGAGUCUCUUCCAGUUGUAAUAUCCAUCACAGUUCCUCUUCACAGCUUCAGAUGGAUGUUAUUUCUGUAAAAACGUUGUUGGUUUUGUUCUUUUCAAGGGGUUUGCUUGUUUCUUUUGAGUCUCUUCAGAUUCUCACAUCAUUUCAAGUCUUUUCAGACUCUUUCAGUUUUUUUUUGUCUUUUUUCAGUCUUGAGUCUUUUUUAGUCUCAUUUAAGUCUUUUUAUAGCCCAUUUCCAUCCUUUUAGCCUCAGUCUGAGUCUUAUUCCAGCGUUUUGUGUCUUUUUAAGUCUCCUUUAUGUCUCUUUUGAGUCAUAAUAUUAGUCAAAGUCGUCCUUCACUGCUUCAGAUGGAUGUUGUUUCUGUAAACACAUUGUUGGUUUUGUUUUUUUCAGGGGACUUGUUGAGAAAACUAAAAGUAGAGCAACACCAGCCUUGUUCUUGAAGCUCAGAAUCAGACUUCUGGAGAUGAACUGUAGGUAGAAACAGCAGCUUCUGAGUAGAAACUAACUUUUCAGUUCUAGUUUUAAACCAGCAGAGUCGGACUUUGUUCCAGUGCUGCAGUUUCUGUAUCUGUGGGUCCUGUGACGGUAUAUUAACCACACGUCUUCACGUUAAGCAGAUUUAAACCAUAUCGGUGAAUGCUCCCAUGUUAAACUGCACAGAUUGUCCGCUAGCUGUCACAUUUAUCUCCCUCACAGUGGAAUCCUUCACUGAACACCACGUAAACUGUUUUCUGUUCGGUAUCUGCUUCCUGCUGAACCUGAGCAGCUGUUUUCACUCAUCCAACCUGAUUUCAGCUCAUUUUAUCUCCACUCUGAGGCCCCAUCCACACGAAGACAAAACGCUUAACAGUUUCAAAAACGAUCGCCAUAAAGACGAAGGCGUCUCAGAAAAUGUGUGCGUCUACAUGAAUGACCUCGAUACGCAUGGAAACGCUGUAAAACACGUGCCAGACCUCUAGGGGCGCUGUAGCGAUAUGACGGAAACACGCGCAAACAGAAGAAAAAACAGUGGGCAUGCGCACUUGCGGCAAAAGUUGUAAACGGAGACCAAGCCGGGAAGCAUGAGUGGGCAACGUGGGCAAGCUACUACGUUAGUCUGGACGGACGAUGAGGUUGAACUCUUGCUUCGGGUGUCACCGGAUUAUAAAGCACAUUUGCUACACUGUACGCCACCAUUGUUGUUGUCGUUGCCGCGUGUGGCGCAUGCGUGUCAAUGAAGAUACGAAACUAUGACGCAAGCGUAUCUGAAAAGUAGCGGAGAGCCAGUAAACACGGAGCUGCGUAAACGCAGUUUCAAAAUCUGUCCACUCUGGAACCUGGUUUCAAAAAUGAUCGUUUACAGACCCCCAAAACGCCGUCUUCGUGUGGAUGAUACGCAGAUUCGGCAAGAAACUUAUGUGUUUAGACCUCGGUUUGUCUUCGUGUGGACGGGGCCUGAGUCGAGCUGUGAUCAGCUGAACAAAGUGGAAACAGCUGAGCAGGUAGCUCACCUGUGUAUGACGACAAACACUUCACCUCCUCUUCUGUUGAUUUAUUACAGCUUACGGUGACUUCUCAGUCUCGUUUAAAUAUUCUUUGUCCCUUUAGAAUCUUUUUUAGUCUGUGUUAGUUUCUUUCAAGUCUUUUUUGUCUCUUUGGUGUCUUUUUUAAGUCUCUGAGUCUGUUUUGAGUCUUUUUUUAGUCUCUAUCAAGUCUUAUGUCUCUUUGGUCUUGUGUUUUUUAAGUGUCUUUAAUUUCUUUCGAGUCCUUUUUAGUUUCAUUUGAGUGCUAUUUUAGUCUCUAUUUGUCUCUUUAAAAUAUGUUUUAGUCUCUUUUGAGUCUGUUUUUUCACCUCAUUUUAGUAUUUUUUUAGUCUCAUUUGAGUCUUUUCAGUCUCAUUUAAGUCUCUUCAUCAUUUUAACGUCUUUCUUCAGUGUCUUGCAAGUCCUUUUUUGUCUCCAAGUCUUUUUAGUCUCAUUUGAGUCUUAUUUAGUCUCUUUAGAGUCUUGCAUCUUUUUAACAUCUGCGACUAUAAAGUGCACAUGUAGUUGCAGCAAAAACACACUUCUCCUCUAACGAUAUGUUAAAAUGAUUAAAGAUCUGUGACAUAUUUUAUAAAGACAGAAACGGCAGUGAAACGUACCAGAUGUUGCUCGUAAUAUGACAUUUUCUCAUUCUGUCUUGUAGAUCUGUGCAUCUGAGGAGCUGUUUUAACAUUUAAUAGCUGAAUUUGAUGAUGCAGAAUAAAAAAUUUUACCGUCACACAAUUAUCUGUGAUGUCAGUAACAGAAUAACGUCUGCAGGUAUUUCGAACAUCAUUAUAACGUCUGAUUUGUUGAAACUUUGCUAGAAGUUGGUCCUCAGGUCGCUCUGAAUGGAGGUAAAACGGUUUACAGUGUUUACAGUUGCAACUUUAUGUUAAAAGCGAGCUGUCUUGUGCAGCUUCUGAUGCAACUACACAUUUCUGCAGCAUCAUUUAGCAUUGAGUGAACAGUUCAUGAAAUCUACAACAUCGCUUUGAUUAGUUGCAACUUUUUUGUUUAAGAUAUUGUUAAAAGUCAUGUCGAUAUCUGUAUUGAGAAACAUUAAGCCAUUUAUCCUUGAAGAGUAUUUAAAAUGUCCUUUUUAAGGAGAAAGAAAGAACCGAUUUUUGUCUAAAUGUCCAGUAAAGUUGUGAAAAUAUCUCGCCAUAUACACACAUCACAAAGAAGAAACAGGCGAUAUGCUGAAACUUUAGGUGUUCUCCAACAUCAGCAAAAAAAAACCAAAAACAAUACAACCCUUCCUGCACCUGAUUGGUCAAACGCUUGACUUGUUGGUAAUUACAAACCCGAAGGAAGUUCACUGAAAUGUGAAGCAUUUGAGGAGAGAAAUAACUUGUGCAGCUGUUGCAUUCAUCUUUAUUUUACGUUGACUAUGGUUAGUUUAAAGGUUUUUCAAGAGUUUCUAUAGAUGGUGAGUUGUUCUGGACGCCCCUGAUUUGCAUGAAGUAGCCCAAACUUGAACUUUAUGCAAAUGUAAUGGAACUGUUUGCUUAGAGAACAGGAAGCGUGGGGCUGUUGGAUGUUAACAUGAAAACCAAGACCGUCAUGUACAGCUGAGGUGAGCAGUGAAGGACCACGGAUUGUGUUUAAACGUGAAUGACACAAAAUGGUGGAAAACGCUGCUGCCAUCUCGCACAGGUGACCUCAUCUGCAACCACAGCGUUUCCUGUAGUCACCAAAUGGUCGGAGAUGUGGUGUCGAGGUCCAACUGUCUAGAGAACCCCAAUGUGAGCAAACACCUCAUGAACUUCUCCACAGACAUUUUCUAGAUAAUAAUUAUGAGCAACUGCUAGCUGUCUCGCUAGCUACAUAGCAGCUACGAGAUUGGUUUUGCUUGGUGUUGAGGAUCCAUUCAUUCAUCCUGUAUGUAAAGAUGUUUGGACUCUUCAUGGCAUCUUCCCGAACAGUGAAUUUACAGCACAGUGUGGUGAUUCCACUUAACUCCCAGUUAUUCCAAAAAAUGAGUAAAAUGGUGGAGUUUGAGCAGAGUUGAGGCGGGACAUGGACUCUCCGUUCAAGUUGUUUGCCUCCAAUCUGAUCUAAGUCAUUCAAUAUUUAACACCUAGGUCCAAAUCUGAUACCUUUUUCCUACAUGAUAUGCAGUUUAAGUACAUUAAAGUUAUUCAAAUUAAUCCUCAUUUCUGCAUCUAAGCUAAGCAAGGUUCUCGAUGUUCUGUAGGUAGUUAUUAAGCUAAAGUUCCAGAAGGAAACUUUCUGAAAUUUAGCGUAAGAGGGUGAAUGUAGUGUUGGAGGAUAAAUGCAGAGUUAGAGGGAAGGAUGUACUUAGGCUCCGCAAGCCCAAAAAGGGGGGAAAACCUGUUUUCUCUACAUGUAUGUCAGUAAAUGUAUUGCAGAUCAGCUGUAGUACCUGGUUGUUCCACCAGAUGGAGCCUCUUACUGUUUAAUACUAUAGAGACCAGAGGAGGUAUCACUUAGAAUACAGGAAGUCCAUGUUGGCAAACAUAGAGCAUUGUGGGAGUUUAGCUUGUAGAGGGGCACCAUGACAAAGACUUCUGAGUCGCUUAAUGACCUCUGACCAAAACCAAUGUGUUAUUACAACAACACUUUGGUGUUAAUUCUUCGUCAAGCAAAAAAUUUAUAGAGCUUUGGUUUGAAUCCCCAAUGUCCUGCCACAAACUGUGUUCUCCCUGUAUGACAGCUGAUGUAAAUGACAGAUAGGACAGAUAUUCAUCACUUAAAAACACCCCGAUUGAUCCUGAAUCUAAUUUUGAGAUCAUCAUUUCUUCAAACAAUUAAGAAAUUCUGAACUCUAUUUAAGUGAAUAUCAAAAUUCUUCCCAGUCAAGUCAGCUGUAGAGAUCAAAAGUGCUUUUAGAACCAGGAUGUAAAUAUGUUUAUUUCUGCUGUAUAGUUGGUCAUUUUAACAUUAAGGUCUAUGGGGAUUGACUCGCAUUUAGAACCAGCCUCUAGUGGAUAUUUGAGGAACUGCAGCUUUUGGAGCUUCCUUAUUCUUCAGCCCCAGGUGUUGUCAUUUGGGUACAAUACCUGCACUACUAGACUAUAUAGUACACCAGAAAAAUACACAGUACAUCCCAGUAUGUAGUAUGUCAAAUGCAGUGUGUCAGGAAACCAGAACUAUUCUGAGAGUAUAAACGAGGUUGAGUCACCAAGAAAACCCAGACAGAUUGUGCAUUUAUGAGCAAGACAGUCAAAGCUUCAGGCGCCGUAUUAUGACCAAGUCCAAGUAGUACAUAUACUCAACGUACUGGAAGGAAAAAGAGAAAAUUGGAGAUUUGGCCACUGGUUGCAAACGACGUCAUCAGUGCAGGAAGGCAGCAGCGGAUUCCAGGAUAUUUUAGUUUCAUUUCCGUAGUGCUGCCAUCUUUAUAGACAGUAUGUCAUGGGAAAAAAAUAACACACCAACAAAAAAACAAGCCACUUUCUCAGAGCAUGCAGGAUAAAAAAUUGUGUUUGUUUUAUUGGAUUUACUAAUCUUGGGCUUGAAGGUGUUACUUCAGAGACCAAAAUAAAUUGUUUUAUUCCUCUUUGUUGAACAACUUUCACUUUAA